CCGCCCUCAGAAGAUGGCGGACGGCGAAACAUCUCCCGCUCAGCAGGAAGGGGAAAUGUCGGCGGCCGGCCCGGGUGUCCGGAGGGAGCGGCAGCACCGUGGCAGCGGCCGCCCGCCCAGCGCGAGAGAUUUGCAGUUGGCCUUGGCAGAGUUAUAUGAAGAUGAAGCUAAAAGGCAGUCACUGCAUCCUGACAAACCAACGACAACAAAGAUGAGUAACUCAAAGGGUCUUAAAAUAGAUUCUUUUAGAAGUUUGAGAAAACCGGAGAGAAGCAUGAGUGAUGACAAAGAAAACCAAAGAUUUUAUUCAGGUGACUCAGAAUACAGAGGAUUACAAAUUUCUGGGGCUUCUAACAAUCCAAGUAAAAUUGUUGCUGAACUCUUCAAAGAAGCAAAAGAACACGGGGCUGUACCACUAGAUGAAGCCUCAAGAGCAUCUGGUGACUUCAGUAAAGCUAAGUCAUUUUCUGGUGGUGGAUAUAGAUUGGGUGACUCGUCUCAAAAGCACUCUGAAUAUAUAUAUGGAGAAAAUCAAGAUGUUCAAAUUUUGCUGAAACUGUGGAGGAACGGCUUCAGUUUAGAUGACGGAGAAUUGAGAUCCUAUUCAGACCCAAUAAAUGCUCAGUUUCUUGAGUCUGUUAAAAGAGGGGAAAUUCCUGUGGAACUGCAGCGACUUGUUCAUGGUGGCCAGGUUAACCUGGAUAUGGAAGACCACCAGGAGCAGGAAUAUGUGAAGCCAAGACUGCGAUUCAAAGCUUUCAGUGGAGAAGGGCAGAAACUCGGAAGUCUUACACCUGAAAUAGUCAGCACACCUUCAUCUCCAGAGGAGGAGGACAAAUCCAUUCUUAAUGCACCUGUUCUGAUUGAUGACUCUGUUCCAGCAACUAAAAUUCAAAUCAGAUUAGCUGAUGGAAGCAGAUUAAUACAAAGAUUUAAUCAAACACACAGGAUUAAAGAUAUUCGAGAUUUCAUUAUCCAGUCCCGUCCAGCAUUUGCAACAACUGAUUUUGUUCUUGUGACGACCUUUCCAAAUAAAGAGCUAACAGAUGAAAGCCUGACACUACGAGAAGCAGAUAUACUUAACACUGUGAUUCUCCAGCAAUUAAAGUAAUCUUAGAGUUGUUGCUAACAGAAUGGAGUAUGUGCUGUAUUGUCAUACAAUGUUUUCAGUAGAUGAAAAAAAAAAGGAUCAAUGUCUUAAUUCUUCCAUAGAUCAGAUUUUUAGGUUUCGUGUCUUCCAGCUAUAGCAUAUCUUGUUUUAAUUUCUCAGCAUUGUUUAAUCCCUUCUCAGUGUUAAAUUGAGCUUCCCUUUGUUAUUAUGUUUCAAACAAUGCUGUGUAUGAGAUAUGAGCUAUCAGAGUGACUCCUCAGUGUUUUAUGGCGGGGGGGAGGGAGGAGAAGCAUUUUUCUGGAGGGGAGAGUGUAUUUAACACAGUUGGUAAGAUUGCACUAUGGAAAUGUUUUAUGCUGCACUGACAAACAGCCAUGUGAAAACUUAACCUAUAGGUUAUGUUUACCUUCCAAGCUGUAUUAACAUUAAGGUAUUCUGUUUGAUAGGUUGAUGGAUAAUUAAUGCUGUAUUAUAAGUUUUGUAUAUUCUGUCUCGAGGAUUUCAUGGUGUAGUAUAAUUAUUUAUAUUCUAAUUCUUAUGUAAAUAUUCUUAUAUUGUUGUUUUGAGAGAAUUGGUGUCAGGAGAUGCAAAGCUUAGCUCUUGCAGCCUAUAACAGUGUUCUCAUUUGUAUUCUGGUUGUUCUACUUGUGCUGUAAAUUAAGUAUGAAUUUCU